UCACGAGAAAGAUAUAUCAAAAUAUCAAAAUUUCAUAGUUUUUUUCACCAUAUAAACCUCAUCACUCAUUCUAUUUUUUUAAGUGCAAAGCUUCAUAGUAGUGAGCACACACAUUACACUAAAAUCUUCGAAACAUGGCUAACUUUGCUAUAGCCAAUGUUUUGAUACUUCUCUUGAACUUGAGUACCUUACUCAAUGUUCUUGCUUGUCCUUAUUGUCCCUACCCUUCUCCUAAGCCACCAACACAUAAACCUCCUAUUGUUAAACCACCAGUUCAUAAACCACCAAAGCCACAACCUUGUCCACCUCCUUCUUCAUCACCGAAACCACCACAUGUUCCAAAACCUCCUCAUUAUCCCAAACCACCAGCAGUGCAUCCACCUCAUGUUCCAAAACCACCAGCAGUGCAUCCACCCCAUGUUCCAAAACCACCAGUAGUGCAUCCACCUAUAGUGCAUCCACCUUAUGUACCAAAACCACCAGUUGUUAAACCACCAGUUGUGAAACCACCUCAUGUCCCUAAACCGCCUGUUGUUCCAGUAACACCACCUUAUAUUCCUAAACCACCAAUUGUUUUUCCACCACAUGUUCCUCUUCCUCCGGUUGUUCCAGUAACACCGCCUUAUGUUCCGAAGCCACCAAUUGUCUUUCCACCACAUGUUCCUCUUCCACCAGUUGUUCCGGUAACACCGCCUUAUGUUCCUAAGCCACCAAUUGUUUUUCCACCACAUGUUCCUCUUCCACCAGUUGUUCCAGUAACACCACCUUAUGUUCCUCUUCCUCCUGUCGUUCCAGUAACACCACCUUUUGUACCAACACCGCCUAUUAUUACACCACCGACACCGACCGUACCAGUUCCUAGUCCACCUAGUGAAACACCAUGUCCACCACCACCACCAACAGUUGUACCUUAUCCACCACCAGCACAACCAACAUGUUCCAUUGAUGCUUUGAAGUUAGGUGCAUGUGUUGAUGUGCUCGGUGGUCUCAUACAUAUUGGAAUCGGUGGAAGUGCUAAACAAACAUGUUGUCCAUUGCUUCAAGGACUUGUAGAUUUGGAUGCUGCUGUGUGUCUAUGCACCACUAUUAGACUCAAGCUUCUUAAUAUCAACCUUGUUAUUCCCCUUGCUCUUCAGGUUCUUAUCGACUGUGGCAAAACUCCACCAGAAGGUUUCAAGUGUCCAUCAUCAUAGUUUCAUAGAGCUAGUACAUUUAUAUUUUGAUUGCAUGGAUCAUAUUUUAGAGGUUGCUUGGAAUAAGGUUAACGUACACAAGGUUUGAAAGAGAUGUAGUGAAGAAAAUGAUCAUUGUUUCUCGUUCAUCAAGUUGUUGUAGGGUACCACAAAUUAAGGGCCAAGGACAUAGUAGAAGUAUUGUGUAGCUGGGUGCAGAGUAGAAAGUUUUCUGCACUUUCAUGAAGUAGUUGUCGUCGUCAUGCAUUAAUACGACAAAAACAUUUAAAUUUGAUUAAUUUCUGUUUGGUUUCUUUUUGUCUAUUUGUUUGAUUGCGUGUGAUGCUCUGUGUUUGCAUGUCAGCGUUUGUAACUUCACCCGUGAAUGCAUUGGAAAUGUAUAAGUUAUUUUUUUUA